AUAAAAGAAAAAGGAAUUAUCUUCUAACAACACAAUGAAACUACACAACUGGUUUAAUUUCAAUAGUCACAUUUAUCAAUAAAUUAAUUAGGAAAAUUAAUCUCACUAUAAUUUUAGUUUCAGAGUGCCCAUCUUUUAAUAUUAUAAUAAAUAUUCAUAUAUACAAAGAUCCAUCAAAUAGUUUACAAGAGAAGAUCCAUCCAUCAAUGUAGUCGCUCAUUUAUUACAUCAUAAAAAAUCCAAUCAUUAAAAACAUUUUGGAGGAGUGGUUCUUUUCACUCACUGCAGGAUAAACUUUCUUCCUUCUACUCGUGUUACAAAGUGCACCAACUCAAACAUUCUCCAUGUUUAUAUAACAGUAACAUCUGUUUUUGGAUAAUAUAUAGAAUAAUUACAAUGCUUCUUUUGUUAUAAUUUUAUUCUACAGUUCAAUUCGAAUACUGGCUAAUUAUAUAUAAUUGUCCUUUCCCCCGUAAAUUGGAAUAAUCUAAGUUCUCAUAAAACCAUGCUUUAUUGAUUAAUGCAAGAUAUAUAGUAUGGUCCAGAUACCUUCAUCGUCAUUAAUAUAUCAAAGUAUAAUUCUAAGAUGAGCUGUGAUUGACAAUGAGUGGUAUCGCAUUAUAUAGGACAAUUUCCAGGUGGUGAACCUGCCUGCCAUGCAUACUUUGUCUCCUUUGACUUUCCUUUUGCCUUAUUCCUCCCUCCACGUAUAAAAACAAGAGCAAUAUUUUCUAAUUACAUGUAUAAUAUUCAAAUCCAUUUUCAUUCAUUAACCAAGGAACAGCUCACCAGUCUUGAGAACAAUGAGGGAGAAAAAAGAACCCUAAACAAUUUAUAUACCAAUUAAGGAAGCAUCUCCUGUCACAUUGUUAUUAUAUCCUACAUUUUAUAAUUUUCUUUGUUGUUUCCGCUUAAUUUGUGCAAGGAAAAACUCUGGAAUCGCUGCGACCUUGCCUAGUGCACAUCGUCAAACUCUAGUGCUAGUCCUAACAGUAAAGAAAAGCAAUGACUUUAUUUAUGCAAUCAAUUAAUGCUUGCAACCCAAGUUUUAAUUCUUCUGAUCACUAUCAAUCAUUCCACUUUCAAUCACCAGUUAAGCCCAUGUCUUUCUCCUUUCUUCAAUUUCAUAAGACAUGAUCAUGAAUUUGGCUGCUGUUACAACAUAUGUUGUUUUGUUUGCCCUAUACAUUGCUCCCAUGUCUGUUCAUUCAUUAUAUCAAAGCAAGGAGUUCUUUCCUGAAGAAAGAGAAGCGUUGAUGCAGAUAAGAGAUUUGGUCAGUUCUACUUUGGAUUUGCAUGGAAAUUGGACUGGACCCCCUUGUCACAAAAAUUCCAGUCAAUGGUCAGGCAUUACUUGUUCUAAUUGGCAUGUGGUUGGUCUUGUGCUUGAAGGAGUCCAGCUCACAGGUUCUCUCCCACCUGCCUUUUCACAAAACAUUACUUUCUUGGCUAAUCUUAGUUUCAGAAACAAUUCAAUAUAUGGGCCGCUUCCUAAUCUCAGCAAUCUUGUGCAUUUGGAAUCUGUCUUCUUUUCAUACAAUCGUUUGACUGGUUCAAUUCCAUCUGAAUACAUUGAACUGCCAAACUUGAAACAAUUGGAGUUGCAACAGAAUUAUUUAGAUGGGGAGAUACCGCCUUUUAACCAACCAACACUGACCCUUUUUAAUGUGUCCUACAAUCAUCUUCAAGGCUCCAUUCCUGACACUGAUGUCCUUCGGAGGUUCUCAGAGAGCUCCUAUGAUCAUAACUCAAAUCUCUGCGGGAUUCCAUUGGAACCAUGCCCAGUUCUGCCUCCUGCUCCACUUGUGCCGCCUCCAUCUCCUCCUGUAAGUCCACCACAGAACAAGAAAAGGAAGCUUCCAAUUUGGAUCAUUGCCUUGAUUGUGGUUGUAGUAGCUCUUGUUCCGUUGAUGGUCAUGUUUGUUUUCUUGUGUUGUUAUAAGAAGGCACAAGAAGUGGAAACACCAAAAGAACGGCAGGCAGGGGGUGAUAGUUCACCAGAGUGGACAGACAAGAAAAUGCCGCAUUCUCAAAGCACUGAGGAUCCUGAAAGAAGAAUAGAGUUACAAUUUUUCGACAAGAAUAUACCUGUUUUUGACUUGGAUGAUUUACUAAGAGCAUCUGCGGAGGUGUUAGGAAAGGGGAAACUUGGGACUACGUACAGUGCAAACCUGGAAUCAGGUGCUGUUGUUGCUGUUAAAAGAGUAAUGUACAUGAACAGCUUGAGCAAGAAGGAAUUUAUUCAGCAGAUGCUGCUGCUGGGAAGGAUGAGGCACGAAAACCUUGUGCAUAUCAUCUCCUUUUACUAUUCCAAGCAGGAAAAGCUGAUUGUCUAUGAGUUUGUACCAGAUGGAAGUUUAUUUGAGCUGUUGCAUGAGAAUAGAGAAGCUGGUAGAGUCCCUUUGAAUUGGGCUGCAAGACUGUCAAUAAUCAAAGACAUAGCGAAGGGUAUGGCUUUCCUUCACCAGUCAUUACCUUCGCACAAGGCCCCUCAUGCCAACCUCAAAUCAUCUAAUGUGUUAAUCCACAGAGAUCGCCAAAGUUACCAUUCUAAGCUCACAAACUAUAGCUUCUUGCCUCUGCUGCCUUCUCGGAAAUCAUCCGAAAGACUAGCUAUUGGCAGGUCACCAGAAUUCUGUCAAGGGAAGAAGCUAACACACAAAGCUGAUGUAUACUGCUUUGGAAUCAUCCUUUUAGAGGUCAUAACUGGGAAGAUUCCAGAAGAGACUUCGCCAGCAGGAAACGAAGAAAAAGUGGAUGAUCUUUCUGAAUGGGUUAGAAUGGUAGUGAAUAAUGAUUGGUCAACAGACAUAUUAGAUGUAGAGAUAUUGGCUUCAAGCGCAGGGCAUAAUGAGAUGUUGAAGCUGACAGAGAUAGCUCUGCAGUGUACAGAUAUGGAACCAGAAAAACGACCUAAGAUGAGUGAAGUAUUGAGAAGGAUAGAAGAGAUUGAUCGAACAAACCAAGAAAAUGACUAGAAAGAGACUGUUUUGAAAGCUCUGCUAAUUAACUCCCAUUCUGUUGCUAAUCAAGUCUUCCAUGGUGUGAUCACUGCUAGGAAGGGAUCGAUGCUCAUAAUUACCAUGUUGACUGUUGAGGCUUGGAGCUCAGUUCAACUAAAGCUAACCAUGCAACAGGCCAGGGGUUGACGAAUGGCAGGACUGGUUGGAAGAUAUAUUUAGUGCUAUAUGCCUCAACUUUAAGCACACAACAAGAUCAAGUAUAAUCAGAAUGAUUUUUUUCAGACUGACAUUUUUGUAUUGAAUACUGGUUUUGAUCUUCUAAUGUAUCAUUUUACAUUCUGCAGAAAACAAA